AUAUUUGAGUCGCGUUUAACUUCACACUGAAAUACGACAUUCAAGUGUAGAUCUGCUUUUGAAAAGGUGGGGUGAACGUUUCAAAAUAUAACUGGAAAUAAUCAUCAAAAUGAAAUCGAAUUACACGCUCGUGGUUAUCGUGUUUUUCUUUGUUUUUGGAUGCACUAAUGGAGCACCCGUCGAUUCAGAGGAAUUCGAACAGUUGCAAAAUACAGUCUCUUUGCUUCAAAGAAAACUUGAUCAUCAUGUCUCAAUGAACAGGCCAGUCGCCUUUACUGCCGGGCUAACGAAAACAAUCACAAACAUGGGAACAAAGCAGCAAAUUGUUUUCGACAGUGUAUUCACAAACGUCGGGAAUGGGUACAACACUUUGAACGGACAUUUCACCGCGCCAUUUAGUGGGGUUUACGCUUUCUUUGUCGUUAUAACAAAUACUCCCACACAUUCUUGCAGCGUUCAGCUUUUGAGAAAUGGAUACUUCAUCGGACACGUAUUGGCUCACACGAAGGCUAAAUCUACUAAAGAUGGGAAUUAUUUGACGUCAACGCUUGCCGUCACCGUCAAACUGCAGAGAGGAGACCAUGUCUGGGUACAGAACGAAUAUGCUUUCUCUGCAGUUGAACAGCUGGAUGGUUAUAACUGGUCCAUGUUCUCAGGACAUCUCAUUGGUGGUGCUUACUAGCAGAGGGAACUGUAUAUCGUGGAAACCUGUUUAUUGGUACAUAUAUAUAGACAUUGUUCUCCUUUCAUGAUACUCAAUUCUUUCGUCAAACUUUUUUUGUAAUUUAGAAAGCAUAUCUUAAAAACACUGUCAAAUAUAUUAAGCAGUCAAACAAAGGAGUGACGUAAUGUAGUUGGUUAAAGACACUGAUUCUGGUAUGCCUGGUGUGUGGCCUAUGGAGAUGAUAAGGUCUGCGUAUUGGCGAUAAGGGCCAAUACACACGUCAGGACCAUUGGUAGACUUGCUUCUGUUUAUCAUAAUAAGCUACUGUAUAGCUACUGUGCAGUAAAUAAAUUGCAGGUGAUAUUUCUGACCUUUAUAGCAAAUCAGUUCUCACCUUUAUAACGAGUUUAGACAGUUUGAUUGAAUUAGGGCUAAUUAAACAAAGUGAUAAGAUACAACAGUUUUUUGUCAUAUUUUUAAUAAAGUAAGUUUUUUAACAAUUACAUCUCAUUAUUGCUGUUUUUUUUACCAAAAAUAUAAAAAAAAUGCAUUCAGGCACAUAGCUUUUAGAAGUAAUAAAUUAUUGUGUAUUUUGAACAAUGAUAUAUCUUUAUUGCUGGAUUUUAUUAUACAUAAAAAGAAAGUUAACAUUAUUUAGACAACACAAGAGGAAUUAAGCAUUUUUAAUAUACAACAUCCUUCUGUCUAUAUACCUUCCUUAUCUAUUAAAAAUGCAACUGAACGCUUUUUUAAUUUCUAGUAAAAUCCAGCAAUUAUCUUUUUUGUUUUUCGUUUUUAUUUUGUUACUUUUGAUAAAAAGAUCAUAAUCAUUGAAUAAACAAACUUGUAAUUUCUCUUAUUAAGUUUUGAAUAAUUAUUUUGUAGUGAGAAAUGCUUUGCUAUAAGAGUUAUAAUUUAAUUUGUCAGGACAUUACUCAACAUGACUGAGCAAUCAAAAUUAGUAUCUUAUCAAUUAAAAUAAUUUUGUGUACAUGCUGAAAAAAGACUAAAAAAAACAACAGCAUUUCAAUAAAUAAAAUGCAAAACACAGGAAAUAACCAAUUUACCUGUAGGCAAUAAAAUUUAUGAUUCUCUGACUAUUAUUAGGCUACAUGUCAAGUCUACAGGGGUUUUAUGGACCCUUAUCAGACUGGACCAGACAGGAUCUUGUAUAUUGGGGAUUAAAAAGUCUGGUAUUUGGGGGGGUCACUUAUAUAGGAGAUUUUCUUUGCCUUUAAGGCAGGUGGAAAGAGGAAAAGAAAAAUAUCAAUUCAGAAAGUGUUUGGAGCACGAGACUGCUUAAUACACAGGUUCACGUGCGUAGUUAAAGUGACUGAACAUAUGACCAGAUUUAAUUGUUCUUUGUCAAUAAAAUAUAUCACACUCUGUGUAUAUUAAUAAAUAAUCACACUUAGAAAAUAAUGUAUAUUGGUAACUUUCAAUUAAGCAGAAUUAGCAAAGUGAAUAUAAGUAAAGAAAUUACAUGUU